GUCAGAUCAAUGUUCUUUCUUUGGCUGGUGUGUUCUUUGGCCGCUUUCGUUAUUGACGGCGGUGUGUCAGCAAUCAAACACUUUUUUUUUUGUCUAGACAGAAAAAAAAAACACCUUUAAUUUAAGGAUUAAUCUUAUGGCACCAUGGCACGACAUCACAAGAGAGAUGAUAUUAAAAAGAACCUUCGGGAACUCCUUCGUCUCAAUCCUUUUGGAAUUCCACUGGACAGUUUGACACACAGAUACUCUACACACUUUAAAGUAAAUCUUAAUUUGCGUGGUAAUGGUAUUAAGGGCAUUAGAAGUAUUCCAGAUAAUUUUAAUUGGUCUGAAAUAGUAUCUGAUGCCAGUGGAGAAGAAAUUUUACGCCUAAAGAAAGAAGGGAAAGCUGAAGUGAAAAAAGCUAAAAAAGAAUUUAAAAGAGCUAGUGCCCAAACAUCUGAAACCUUAGGAAACCAAACUCAGCAAGUUCCAUUGAAUUUGGAGAAAAAAUGCACCAAUGUAGGAAAAGUUGUCAAAGAACCAUCAAAGAUACAAAGCAACCAGCAAGUUCCCUCAUAUUUUUCGAUGCCACUUCCUCACAUCCUUCAACAGCCAUUAUUUGGACAACAGAUAACCAAUGUUGAGCAUGAACAAUCAGUAUCAAAUAAAAAAUCUGGUGAAUCGCUAAUUAAACCAAUUCAACCAUUGCUUCCUCAAGGAUUUCAUCAGCAGGUUCAGCAGUCAGAAACAACAUUUGGUUAUCUACAGGCUUCUUCACUCCCUCAAGGACCUCAAGAAGUAGGCCUACCAACAAGUUUUCCUUCAUCUCCACACCAAAAAAUCAAAACCUGUCAAAGCUCACAAAUUGAUGAAAGGAAAUUUAACUCAAUGUCACCCACAGAAUUUAAUUCAGCAUCCAAACAACCUAGCAGAGAUACACACUCUAUUGGAAACAUAAUCUUUGGGAAUAAAGCAAUGAUUUUGGAACCAUCUAUUGGUGAGGAUAGUCAUGACUGGCCCACAUUAAGUCAAGGUGCCACAAAAAAGAAAACAAAAGAAAAGUCAAAGAAAGAUCCUAAAGCAGAAGCCGAAAACCGCAGGAUAAAGUUUGAUCACUUAGAUAUAUCUGGAAUUCAGAACAGAAAAGUUGGGAAAAGACCAACUAAAGAUGAUGUAAAUUCUAGAGCUUUAUUCCAUAUCCAGGCACUAGCAGAACAAAAUGAGCAUGUCAGUAUAGAGUUGGUUAUGAAAGGGGUGAUGGAGUACUUUGGCCAAACAAGCAUCCGACAACUAGGUUUGUAUAAGGAAACAGACCUUCAAGCAAUUCACGAGCACCAACGCUUACUUUGCCGUAUCAAUGCCUACAUAUCUGCUUUUUGUAAGUGCCGCUCUAUUGCGACACUUUAUGAACUUCUCCAGGAUCUUGAAAAUAUUCAAGAAGGUAAAGAUUCUUUCGAAGAGUUAAAUGUUGGACCACUCUCUAAAUUUCCUGCAGUCUAUAAUCUUUUUAAAUUUCCCCCAUAUCAAUCUGAUGAUGACAUUAUUAAGGUGACUACAAUGGACAUAUUGGAACUCUUGAGAAAUUACAUGGGAAAAAAUGAUUUGUGGAGAAGCAAAGUUGAUUUGAAAGGUUUCAUGGAGUUUAUAAUGGAGGAUUUUGGGGUUUCUGAUCCUUAUCAACUUGGAAUUCGUGUUCAGAGUAUUGCACUAGGGGUCUCUGUUCUUAAAAAGGCUCAAAGAGAGGAAAAGAACACAAUGGAUGAAUGCCGUAGAGCCAUCUUGGCUAAGCUGAAGCAGGAGGUGGAGGCAUCUUUGGAAAGUGUUAAGAAAUCAAUUCUUGAGCCUGCAAAUACUGACAGAGAACGUUCACGACUGGACAUUCGGAAGCGCUAUGCUGAUAUGACUGCUGCAGAGGCAAUACUUAAAGUGUUUGAAAAUGCUCAGCCGCUUUUAAAUCAGGAGUCUCGUCUUAGGGGUUUUUUCCGUGCACUUCCAGCAAUAGUUAACAACGAACUCGCAAGAAACCUUUUUCAACUCGCUAUAUGCCUUGGUAACAUGGAAUUUCCUCAGGAUUUUAUGCCUGCUGGUAGCAAGGAAGAAGAAAUAGAAGAAGAAAAUGAACAGACUGAAGUAGAACCAUCUGUUUGUGCAAAUAAAAUUCCUGAUCAAGAGGAAAUUAUUAGUGAUGUGGAAAAUUUUCUGAAUCGUCUUCAAGAUGUUCCAACUCUCCAUGAUCUGAGCAGAAUCGAAAGUAGAUUAUGUCAGAACAGAAAUUUGUCAAGUUUUUUGGACUUUAAAAAAGGAACUUUUCUGCAAUUUAUCACUAAGACUCCAAAGCUUCUUCAGCAGUUUGGUGGGAGUAUUCUUGGUGCAACCAAUCAGAAAGCUAACCAAGGAACACCAUAUUAUCCCUCUCCUCAUGAUCUUAUUGACUUCAUCAGACAAUGUGGGAAGCAGAACAUGAAUGAUAUGAAGCUUGUUGAAACAGCAUUAUGCGAACAUUUCCAGACAACAUCAACUGAUACAUUUGGAAGAGGGUCCUUGCAAAGACUCAUUUUGAAGGCAAAGAGUGCACAAGAUGAUGAAGAGCAAAAUUCUAUCACUUACGAACAAGCCUUAUACACUCAGACAAGAAUGAAGCAUGUUUCAGGCAGCCAAUUUGGUGUGCGUGGACAUCAGAGCCUCUGCAACGCCUUACUUUCUCUGAAUUCUACUCCUUUGUUGGAAGACUUAGCCGACUGGUCGCAUUGGACUUUGAUUUUCAAACCAGAGUACGGCGAGCUAAAGGGGUUCAUCGAAAAAUGGUCAGGGGCUGAGAUACCAUAUGAACCAGAAGAUUCCCAAUUGGAUGAACCUAUCAAGAUCUUUGCUUUGGAAACUCAGCCAGGAGUUUUGCUGAAAUUGGCUUCCAAAACUUCUCCUGAUGAUUUUAAAAAUGCAGCAAUAAAUGAAGAUGCUAGGCUUACAGCUGGCCAUUUAGUUUCCAUCUUAACAAGGGAUGGUAUACAAAAUGCUCCUCUUGUUUUGCUGCAGAACUACUUCGAAUCUGCCCUAAAGGCAAUAUUCUCUAAAGAUAUUCCUUUGGUACCAGGCGGUCCACCCGAAAAAACCGAUGCUGACAUCAAGGUGGCAUCUUUUGUUUUGGAUUGCCUGAUUGUGAUACCAACCAAGAUCUGCCAUGCUGUGGCGGAGGUAAUGCUAAAGCCCCUGUCUGAGGUUAUAGGUGACAAAAGGUCAAAGAAGCUGCUAAAAGAUUCCUGUGUCACCACAAAACAGCUGAAUAAAUUGCAAGAACUUGGUUAUUUGUUGGGAAUUGUGGAAUGGUCAGAAACCUUUACUCUGCGACUUGAAAAUCCAACUUUAGGUGAAAAUCUGGAUGAGCAUGAGGACAUGAUUGACAUUGCAUCACUUCUACCAGAAGAUAAACCUGAAAGUGACAAAUCUUCCAUAGCUCCAGAAGAAGAAAAAGACAAUCUAAGUUCCGUUUUAGAUGAAGAUUUGGACUUGGAUACAGAACCUGAAGAUGUUGGAACACCCUGUAAUGCAUCACCUGCAAAUGGUGAGUUAUCUACUCCUACUCCUGCUGAGGAAUUGCAAGAAGAUGAAGCAGAUGUCAAAGAUGAGGUUGAAAGUGAUAUCGCAACUCACGCAAACACACUGGAAAAUACAGAUCUGGAUGAAGAUUUCAUUGACAACUUGGAAGACAAUCAAAAAGACAUGCAGAGCCUAACUGAAGAUGAGAUUGCUCCACCUGUAAAACUUACACCAUGUCAGGAAGAAAUGCAACAUUGUAAAGCUGUCGUUGACAAUAUUCGUAAAAAUGAAUUUGGUAUUGGCGCCAUUUUGGGCAAAGAAGGUGAAAGUUUGAUGGAGGUUCAGAAAGGUCGCAUUGUGCGAAGCUUGGAGCGACUUUCUACUGAACUCUACAGUAAAGAUACACACUUUGUACUUGAAUUGGUUCAGAACGCGGAUGAUAAUACAUAUAAUGACGACUGCCAACAACCAUCACUCCUGUUCCAGUUGGAAGAUGGACAAAUUACUGUCUAUAACAAUGAAAAGGGCUUCAGUGCAGAGAACAUACAUGCACUGUGUGAUGUUGGCAAAAGUACCAAAGGGAAACAUAAAUACGGAUACAUAGGUCACAAAGGAAUUGGGUUCAAGUCAGUGUUUCGAGUGACUGAGAGACCUGAAAUACACUCCAAUGGCUUUCAUAUCUGCUUCGACCGGCAAGCAGACUCUCUCGGCUACAUCCUUCCCACCUGGAUAGGUGCUUCUAAAAUAGAAGAUGUCACUGAAGAUGGUGACAAAGACUCAAAAGGAUGGCAGACGAGGAUUGUGCUUCCUUUGAAGGACGAAGUUUGUAAAACAAACAAGCUUCUAAAUCGAUUCGAUGAUAUCCAACCAUCACUGCUACUUUUCCUGCACAGGCUGCGUUCCAUUCAAGUUGUAAAUCAGCCAAAAGCUUCAGUAGUAGAGAUGAAAAGAAUUGAUCAUCCAAAGAGCGUCAUUGAAAUCAAACAUUCUGAUGGAACUGAUUUCUGGCUUGUCGUCAAGGAAAUGAUCAAUGUUAAUAAUUCAGUGUGUGAAAGAGUUGAUGUGGAAUCUACAGAACUUGCUUUGGCAUUUCCUCUACCAAACAGCAAAAGUACUUCAGACUUUGUAUUGAAAGACCAGAACAUCUUUGCUUAUCUACCUUUGAGAAGCUACGGCUUCAAGUUUAUUAUACAAGGCGAUUUUGACAUUCCUUCUUCACGUGAAGAUGUUGACAGUGACAGUGCCUGGAACCAGUGGAUCAAGCAGCAUUUGCCUGCAGUGUUUAUCAAGGCUUUGCAGUUUUUCAAAGACUACUACGGUAGUAAUAAUGAAGAGGUUGCAGUGUGUAAAUUCCUGCAGUUUGUUCCUGUAGAGGGUCAGAUAUUGGGAUUCUUCAAGAGCGUUGCUAAGAACAUUCAUCAGAAGCUUAAAUCAUUUCCGUGUCUUCCUGUUCAGGUUCCUGAUGAAAAAGGCUCAACAGUAUGGAAGCAACCAUCAGAAGCCAUCAUUGUACAUGAUCCAUUGGUACAAGAACUUGUACCUCCAGAAGUUCUUCACUGCCACCUUGGCUGCUACUUCUUGAGCAAUGUUGUCUGCUCUAUGUUGAAUGUUGCUCUCUUGAAGAGUCUUGGAGUUAAAGUCAUAACAACCAGUAAUCUCAUUAGUCUCUUUAAAGGAGAGGUUUUGAAGGCAAAAGCAGAUGGUGUCGGUUUAAGUAUCCCUUACAUUGCUAAGUGGAUAACGUGUAUAUAUCGCUGCCGUGAGGAAGAGCAUGACAUAUCUGAAGAACCAAUUAAAGAAAUGCAAGCUCUUCCCAUCAUUCCCCUAAGCAAUGGGAAAUGGACAGAUCUCCAAGACAAAAGUGUAUUUUUUUCUUUAACAUUUGAAAAACAAAGGACUGACGUGUAUGCCCCGAAGAAAGCUGCCAAGAAAGAAAUGCAGGGAAGUAUCCAGAUAUUAGAAUCAGAUAUGUACAUACUACAUGGUGAUUUGAUGACUUGUCAGGAUAGUUUGGCAAAUUCCCAGGUUAUGCUGAUGAUGGAACAUUUAGGAGUUUGCCAUAUCAAGCCCUAUGAUGUUAUACACAACCACAUCUUACCUGCACUUAGAGCUGAAAAUUGGGAGGAAAAGCGUACAGAAGUGCUUAUAAGCUACAUCGUGUACAUAAAAGACCAAAUGCAACUGCAUCAAGACAUUUGUAAGAUGUCGGAUAUAAAAGUCGUGGCCCGAAUACGGACUGAUCGGGGCACGUUUGUGAAUCCUAGCAGAGAACCUAUUCAUUUCACAAUGACGUAUGGGAACAAGUAUGACUUAAGGAAGGAUCUAACAGGCGGUGAUUGGACUUUUGUUGAUGAAUGCUACCUAAGGAGCAGUAAACAGUUCUCCCCAUCACACACUCUGCAGUGGCACCAGUUCCUCUCUGAGUUGGGCGUUUUGAACUUGAUAGCUAUUGAAAGAAAGACAUUAACACUACAAAAAACUGAUAUGGAUUCGUCAAUUUGGAGCAGUGAGUGUAAGACAUGGCCAGUUCCAAGUGAUGGGUGUUACCAGGUUGAAGAUAGCAGGAGCAAGCAAUUGGAGAAACUUCUUGAAAAUAACACAAAGGGAACCGAUGACAAUCAUAGAGUUAUGAAUAACCUGCUAAACAUUCUAGAUAAAGAAUGGGAUAACUUUAGUAAAUUUGUGACAGCUUCACUAGUCAUUGGCAACCAAAGAAAGAAAUCAAUCGAAUCAAGUUUUGCAAAGCUAUUAUUAAGAUCAUCUUGGAUUUCCACAAGCCCAAUGCUUGACCCAGAACUCGGAACUCGUACAGGAAAACGUUUGUUACCACCAAAUCAGGUUUUUUUGUUCUCCAAAUAUCUUCGUGGUUUCUUAGAUGAGCAUGUUCCUUAUCUUCUGGGAUCAACACCAGAGAAUAGAGAGCUUGUACAUUUCUUAGGCCUUAAAGGCGAAGAUGUCGUAAGGGAUGUUAACUUCCUACUCCACAUGCUUCAGAGUUGGUGUACAAGAGGAAAAAAUUCCCAACCAGAUGAGAUCAUGAAGUCGGGAGCAGUUUUCACCACGUCUAUUGAACAUAUGUUGCAAGUUUAUAUUCACCUGCAAUUGCACUCACCACCAGGACAGCUUCAAAAAUUUUUUGAAAACUUCCCAGCUGUAUUUCUGCCUUCAAGUGUGUGUGAACAACGCAGGGUUGUCACUGGAAAAUUUGUACACAAGUCUUUGACAUACUGGAUGGAUCCUACCGAACUAUUUCACAAGUACAGUGCCCCAACUGACAGAGUAUCUGUUAUUGAAUUCUAUGGGUCAAGCCAAGAUUUUUUUCAGAAACAUCUUAGGAUUGAUGAGGCACCAAACAUGCUUGAAUAUUUACAGCUCCUUGUCAAGAUUACUAGUGAAAAUCAACUUCCAAAUACUAUUGUUCACUCUGAUGUUUUAAAGAUCUUUGAAAUUCUCGGGGAAAAAUGUGCUAGAUCAGGUCAUACCUACGGCAAAAGCAACUUGGCAAACAAUGUCAUAGAUGUUGAUACCAAUAGAGCAUCCUAUUUGAAGAACAACCUGAAGGAAUACAAGGUGUUUCCCACCAAAGCAAAUAGGUGGGUAUCUCUUGAUGAUGAGCCAAUGAUAGUCGAUGAAGGAUCGAAGGACCUUGAAGAACUGUUUUCUUCUAACCAAGAUAUUCAUUUUCUUCUAGAGGAUGCUGAGGAAAAUUUGACCUCAAAACGUGGAGUAAAAAGUCGAUCCAGCAUAAACAGAAAAGGAACACAUGAAUAUGAAAAUGUUCAACGCUUUCUACAAGUAUGUGAACUUAAGCAUCUGUCUGAUUGUGUUAAGACUGAAAGUAUUCAGGUUUUAAUUAGUCCAUGUCCAAGCCUGAAGAAUCUAAUGCAUCAUGUUGUUCCAUAUGUGCAGUCCUUUUUGCUUUCAAAGUACCACGAGGUUCACGAAAGGCUGGUUUCCAAAUUCAAAAUACAGUCUAAACUAAAAAUUAUGAACUUCAUGACUGUUUCCAGCCUGGAAGUUGCUUAUAGAUUAGAGUACUUAAAGAAUGGUGAAUAUGACACUGCGGUAAUGACCACUAAACAAAAGUGCAUGAUAACUAACAACUUUUAUGUAAAUAAGACAAUUGAAAAAAACAUUAAGGGAGACAGUUCUGUAAGGAAAGAAGUAGCCAAGUUUUUUAGUGAUGGAGAUAAUGAUUGCCAAAAAGAGAUGCAGCAAUUCCUAAGGUCGGUGAUGGCUUUUGAAGAUGAGGAGUUUCUCGAUGAAUGGGGUGUAUCAAGAGUUCAAGGGGUAGAUCUGUGGGAAGUUGAGAAAGUGGAAGAACCAAAGCCCAUUCCUGUUCUCAAAACAGUGGUACCUGUGACUUCAGAAAAUGAAAACACAACAAAAAACCUUGAAAAAAAUGAAGAUGGACCAGGCAUCUACUGUUGGCCUCCUAAAUCAAGUGCUUAUGGAGUAGUAAAAUCAGACAAGGCAAAGAAUCCUUCCGAAGAAGAAUCUUUGAAGCAGUGGCCACCACCUCUACCUGCUCAACCACUGAUUGAUGUCCCUCCAAGUCAACAGCAUAAUAUCCCGAGAGAAUUGGGCAUACAAGAUUUCAAGGCGAUGGAUAAACGACCACCUUCAGAUUCACCCAAUGACAGACAACUCGCCAAUGACCAUCAACUUACCGCAAAUUCUGCUAGUAAUGUUGACAAUAUCCGGUCAGAUGUUACAAAUAGAUUUGGUAUCAACACUUUACCAGACAUGAGCCAAGGAGAACUUAAUUCUACAGAGCUUGCAGGGAAAACAUCAGCAUAUCCCACUUCACCAGGUACUGGUGUCAGUGUCACAGAGGGAACGUCAGCAUAUCCUACUUCACCAGGUGCAAGUUUUAAUCUUGCAGAGGGAACAUCAGCAAGAUCCGGUGUCGACGGGCAAUUCCAAACUCCACCAAAUCCACACAGGAUCGCAUCUCUCAGUGGCACUCCAAAAAGUACUCCAAGAAGUACUCCAAAGUCAUUCAGCGCAUCACCACCAAGUGAGGUUCAGUUGAUUGAGGAGGAUAUUACACCAGAUCUUCUUGAUUUGCCAUUUUUUGAAGAAACUCAGAUAAAUGUUUCAAACCCAAGUGAUGACAUAGUAGGACGGUGGGGAGAAGAACUUGUGUACCAUCUUUUAAAGAACCAAUACAUGGGCGACUCUAACAUGAAGUGCACAGUUCGCUGGGCCAAUGAACAAGACGAGACAGGUAAUCCAUAUGACAUAGAAAUACAUACAAACUAUGAGGGCGGUGUUUGCAUUGAAUACGUUGAAGUUAAAGCGACAAAUUCCUCUGAAAAGAAACACUUUCAGAUUUCAGCGAAUGAAGUAACAUUUGCCCAGCAGAAAGCCCCACACUAUCACUUGUACCGUGUGUAUAAUGCAGGCAAGAAAGACACUGUUAAAGUUUGUUCAUUAAAGAACUUAAGUGAGAAAAUGGUCAAAAAGCAAGUUGUAUUACUCAUGAAAAUUUAAAGUUGUUAAAGAUGAGUAAAACAAAUCAUAAAACAUAAUUUUUAAAGCAACUUGCUUAUUUUGCAGUAACAUACAAAUUAUCGACUUAAGCAUAGAAAUCAUUGAAUUUAAAAAAUAGUGUACCAUUUUUAAACUGUAUAAUUGUAAUAAAAAUAAUAAAACAAUUCCAGUGACUGGAAGUGUGUUUAUCAUCUUUUGCUGUAAAAUGAUGUGUAAACAUAUUUUUUAAUACACUACUAUAAUCUCUAUUUUUCUAUUUCUAGGUUGAUAAUAUUUUUGUUACUUCAAAAUGGGCAAUUUCAAAAAUGAUUUUUUUUGUUAUUUUGCAAGGAUCAAUACAUCUUUAAUUUAUCUUAUCUUUUUUUUUUUAUGUGCUGUAAUUGCAGCAUUUACAUUUUGCUAGUAUUUAAGUUUACUGAAACUUU